CACCCGGUCUCCACCUACUCUGCCUGCCGAUCACACACAUGCAGACUUACUGAACGAGAAGACCAAGAAGACCUCUCUAUCUCUCCUACAGAGUGGGGUUUGCGCUGUGCGGCUGCUGCCUCCAGAGGAAUGAAGGCAGUGUCUCCACAUGCUGCAUGUUUUAGCAGAUCUACUCUACUGCAGGAGGAGACAGAAAAGAGAGGCACUCCCUGCUGGACUUAUCUGGCUGAGAAUUCCAGGACUCCCCCCCCUCCUUUUCUUUCUUCUUUCACUCUUCUGUGCUGAGUCCCACCUCCCUCCCCCUCCUCUCUACUGUCUCGACCCAGAGCCCUCCGCACCAGCUCGGACAAGCGCCCAUUUGAGGACCAAGCUAAGGUGAAAGCAGGCAGACACACAGAGGGAACCAGACAGAUCAGCAGUGCUGCAAAACGUACAAGGAGAGCAGCAGCCAUGGAAGCACAGAGGAAUAGCAGAUCAUUCCUGCACAGGUGUGCCAGGUCUGGGGAUGCAGUCCAUGCCAGUGUGGUCAUCACACUUCUGGUUGGGGUAUGGUGUGCACAGGCUUUGGAGGUAUCAGUGGGGAAGGUUCAUUUUGUUGAGGUGAUGAACGGAAGCUCUGUGCUUUUACCCUGCACAUACAGUAGCUGUAUUGGCAUUAAGAACUUGUACUUCAACUGGCAAUACAAUGACAAUGGCACAAUGGUUAAGAUUUGUGAAGCUGUGAUCCCAACUGAGCUUGUGGAGCCCAAUGUGAAGAUCUAUCAUGAGCGGGUGGAAUUUGUGGGCUCCAGUAAGGAGAGUAACAUCUCCAUUCUGCUGUGGAACGUCACAUUUGAGGAUGAGGGCGAGUAUACCUGCUUUGCCCGUAAUCCCAAAGAGAAGGACCGAAACCACAGUGCUAUAUUUACCCUCAUCGUGGUGGAUCAGUUGAGGGAAGUUGACAACACCCUGACUAUCAUCAUUGUAUCUGUGAUUGGAGGAGUCAUAGGUUUGGUCAUUAUAAUCAUGGUGAUAAAGGCAGUGGUCGUCCACAUUCUCAACAAGGCCCAAGAGAAAAAUAAAGAGUGCCUCGUGAGUUCUUCAGGGAAUGACAACACAGAAAAUGGCCUUUCUGGUUCCAAAGCAGAAACCAAAGCAUCACCAAAGGUACUCUGGGCUCAACUGUUUAUGUCUGGUCAGCGACUGCGCUAGAGGCAGCCUGCAUAGCUGCAGUACUUCAAUGUGCAGCACUGCUGUCACAUGUGUCUCAGUUCUGCAUCACAGAAGCAAUUCUGUAGUCAACAGACUGACUGUCUCACUGGCUCAUAGGCAUAUGGGGUUGACAUAUUUUAAAUCUAUCCAAAUGCUUUUCAUUUGGAUCAGCCUGUCUUGGAACUAAGCAUGAUAAUGAUUUUAUUGUGUUUUUGUCAUAGAAGAAAUGUGGUCUUUCAAGUGGCCCAAACUCUCUGGAAAACAAGAGCCUUGGAAUACAUUAUGAGACAACAUUAUGUUGUAAUACUUAGACCUAGUACGACACAAAAUCUAACUUGCAUUUUUUAAUGUGUAACGUAUUAGUGCAAGAAUGUAUUAUUCUUUUCUUCUAAUAUCCUCGCCAGAUGUGAUCAGUUCUUCAGCAAAACAAACUGAGACUAGUUGAUGGGAUUUUACUGGCUGAGCAGCUCCUUCUCACACUGCCAAGCCGCCAGAAUGUGAGCUCUGCUCAGCCCGCCACACAUUCCACAUCAGAAAGCACUACCACCCCCUGCCGUCUAUAUAGUUGUACUGCAGUCCCAAUAUGAAGCCCAGUAGUUGUACAGCAGUUCCAGGAUGAAUUUAUUAUGGCUUAAACCAAUUAUCAUACACAGUAGCAUCAAAUAAAGGUAGUAGAUGACACGGUUUUAAAAUUUUAACAACAUGUUAUUCACAUGUAUUCAUUUUACACUUUAAUAAUAGCUUUUCAGUGCUGGAACAAAAUUGUAUGCAUGAUACUACAGCUUUUCCCUUAUGGCACAGGUCAUCUGUUGAGUCCGAAAAAGGGUCCACCCUCUACUAGAGCCUCUGAGCAAGAAUGUCUGUGUGGGAAACACUGGCACAAUGGCUUAACCACAAGUCCUGUCUUUCUUGUCUUUGAGCCCUUGAAAGUGCUUUACUAGAAAGUUAGUGUGCAACCCGCACUCCUUCUUAAGAGCUUUCUCUGUAACUGACCUUCAUGCUCUCUAACCCCCAUGACUAUGCACCAGUUAGUUACUGUAAAAUCAAUAAAAACAAUAAACUACAAAAGAAAUAAAGGUUUGCAUAAUAAAAACAAA